GAACAACUGCCUGUCUCUCUGUCCAUAGCUGGUGGAGGUGAACGGUUCCCCGAGACUGAAGGUGACGGAAGACAAAGAGAAGACAACCUUACCUGGAAUCAAGCGAGUCUACAGGCUCUGGGAUGCCGGAGGAUUCCCAUGCAUGGAUCUCAUGACUUUGGAAAUGGAACCUCCUCCAAGGGCCGGGCAGGAGGUGGACUUCUGGCUGGUGGGAACGACCCAGGAAGCUGGAAAAGUGACUCCUUCAGCAGUCGAAAUGCUGAACCGCGUCUACCUCAAAGAUGGGCAGGUCUGCCAGCCACUCCCCAGCCUUGUGGAGAUCAAGGACCAUGCGCAGGCCUCGCUGAACAAGCUCAACCCUGCGCACAAGAGACUGAAGGACGCGGAGACCUACAAGGUGGCUGUGACAGAAAAGCUCCACCGGCUUCUCCUUGAUCUCCAGAGAGGGAGCCAGUAACCCGCAAAGCCUUUUCCUGUGCCCAGGAGUGGGGGGCGGCGGCAGCACCCCCUCUGCAUCGUGCCUCGGAUCCUGCUCCAAACCACCACCACCGCCGCCUCAUCACCUACAGACGCAGCACCUUUCCUGUGCCUUAAGAACUGAAAGUGCCCCUUUGCACUCAACGGAUCUGUCUAGGAAUGUAUUGCACACUGCAGUGUGGGAAUUGGGGGCUGGGGGCUGGGAGCAAACCUCAUAAAUGCAGAGCUUGAGGAGCACCUGCAGGACAGGUUUCUGCAGGUAGAAUUCAGUUCAGGGCAAUUGCAGGCUGGUUGCUAUUUUCCAGUGGGACUCAAAUCACCUGCUGGCAGAUUCGGGUUACACAAGUUGUUUGGGAGGCCUUACACAGCAAACUCCACACACACACACACACACACACACACACACCCCGGCACAAAAAAGACUGAACUUUCUGAAAUAGUAGAGAUCCAUGCGGGUGGCGCUGUGGGUUAAACCACAGAGCCUAGGACUUUACCCUCGAAUCUGCCCUGCAAUCUGUCCCUGGCACCCAUUUUCCUUUUCCAAUGGACAUUUGACGUUCCAUGGCACCCGCUGAACAUGCUCGGUUCUUACUGGGCUGGGUUUAUGUGUUUGUGCCCCCUGCCCACCAACGUACUACUGCAAAUCUUUCAUUAAGAUACACCCCUCUCGUUCCUCGCGGGUCCUGUUCUGACUCCAUUGCUGCUGCUGCUGCUGCCACCAACCACCUGAGUUUGAUGACAGAGGUGGGCUGCGAUUCUAAACAGGAGCAUCCAAAUAGGACUAACCUAUUGUGGCAUAGACAGAUUUAACAGUGCCUUGAAUGUUAGCAAUCCUGGCUUUUAUACCUGUAUGAGAACAUACUGGACCGCAUGUAUGCUCCUCUUAAUUUUUGCGUGUGGCUUAACGAUCAAAUUGCACCAGUCUUUAGGGGAAAUCGUACCGCUUUCAAAUAAAUGCAUAUAAAUUUCUGUACGCAAGAGAAAUAAAUUGUGCAAUCCUUAUUCUA